GCAGGCGGAGGCAGGGGGCCAUGGCGCCAUGGUAGCCCUCGGCGGACGCAACCCCCUCGCCAUGAGCGGUGUGCCCCCUCAAGUGGGCCGAGUUCAGGGGUCCAACUUUACCCCACAUCACUACAAGCCCUUCAGCUCACACGCACACUACCAACAGGUAAUGCGUGCAUUGCAUAAGCUCCAGGAGAGUGGGUUUUACUGGGGGGCUGUUGGAGGACGAGAGGCCAGCUCCCUGCUGCGCUCGGAAUCGCCCGGCACUUUCCUGAUCCGGGACUCCUCGGACCACCACCAUUUCUUCACCCUGUCUGUGCAGACGGCUCGAGGAACCAAGAACCUGAGAAUCCACAGCGAGGGAGGUGGAUUCUUCUUACAGCCGGACACCCAAAACACCCAAGUGCCACCGCAGUUCGAUUGCGUGCUGAAACUCAUAGCGCACUACAUGGGGAAAGGGCUGGACGCUGGAAGGAGCAGAGACGGGGCGUGUGGGGGCAACUCGGCAGAAAUCAAAGGGUGCAACGUUUAUCUGAUUCACACCGGCGGAGAGAGGAUCCCCCUGGAGUUGCGGCGACCCCUCUCGACCUCUCUCUCGUCUUUGCAGCACAUGUGCAGGAGGACCUUGAACAACCAAGGCCUGGGCUCGGAGCGAGCGGAGCAGCUCCCGCACACACUUAGAGACUUCCUGGAGGAGUAUGAUGCUCCGAUAUGACUGACAGGAACUGCAGCGGCCCGUCGACAUGGACCAGCAGCCUAGAGGACGGCACAGCCUCCACCAGAGACUGACCAGAUUUAGCCUUAGAUGCCAAUGUGAGGUUAGUUUCUCAUUGUAGCCAGAAUCAGCUUAUCCCAGAUGUGUCUCAACGCUGACGGGAAAGCGACUGACCUGGGGUCUGGAAUGAGGAGUGCAAUUUGGGUUAACCAAUGAUUACCUCGUCCAUCCCACGUUGCAAAAACUGACCGCUACCAAUGUGAGUGGCAGACGAAGCCCAGGGUCAGAGGUCAGGGUUUUUCCUAUGACCGCCUCGGACGCAGAGCAGAGCCUCAUAGAAGAUUAACCCAAGUGGUCGAUUUUAACGAUGACAGUGGCAGCGCGAUCAAUACAGCCCCAGUGAUCCCCGCGGGUUCGCUGCAACCUCUCGUCUCCCCCGGUCAGCCUGACAUUUACUACACUUUGGAUCCCCGGAGAGAAAGAAAGGAGGCGCAGAAGAGGGAGGGGGUGAAGAACGGACGAGUUUCCGAGGAAAGGCAAAGUUCAAACAAGGGACUCAAAGCAGAGGACUUAAAGUAUUUGUUUGUCUGACUGUGGGUGUAUUUGUGUGUUGUGGUGGCGCACACAUUUCCAUUGCUGCUUCCCGCAAGUGUUGCCUCAUUGAGGGGAGAGAGGCAGUCAUUCAUGCCAGCUCCACACACACACACACACACACACACUCGCGCACACUCACACAGGUACAGGCCCACAUAAAGGAUUUGUUCACGUGGGAACAAAAAGAUGAAAACCCAUUACAAAGCAUCUUCUCUCCCAUCUCCUGCUUGUAUCUCGUUUCUCCUCCAUUAGCCAGCCCCUGUCCCGACUUUUGAUUUUGUUUUAUGGAGUUGCAUGUGCGCCUCUGACAGGGACACAAAGCAGACCGCUGUUGCCGAGACAAAAGCUUGUUACGGAGACAAAAGCCCUGGCACGGGACCAAAGAAAACAUCAGUACUUAUUUUUAUCCAAGCUGGCUGGAAAUAUGUCAGCGACCCUGUAAAGGGAACUGACGAUGACGAUCCUGGAGAUCGGGGGAAGGGUGAGGAGAAGGGACCGAGCGAAGGAGAACGAGUAGCGGGAAGAGGGAUUAGGAAAGAGGAAAUUGAAGAGGACAGAAAAAGCGGGGAGGGGGCCGGGGUGUGGGGGGAGAAGGGGGAGGAGACAUACUGGUACACAGCUAAACAAAAACACUGACUGGAUUGAUGUCGCAGACUUAGGGGAAAUGAUACAGCUCAGCAGGACGCUGCUCCUGCUCAUACACAUCCAGGUUGGCCAAGAAGCCCCAUGUGAAAAAAGAAAGUUUGAAGUCUUAAUACUGUUAUUUGGACACUUGCGGUAAUUUCUCCUCGACAUUAUCGCCUGGAAUUUACUCUGUUUUUGUGGAAAUGUGUCAGUGUGUGUGUGCGUGUCUGUCUGCCCUGUACCCCCCUGGAUUUCUUAAAUCGCCACUCAUGAAGGAGACAAUAGAGGACAUGAACCAUUUUGUUGAUAUCCUGUAACUUUAGAAAAAAAGUUUUCUCGCCCCAUCUCCCUUCCAUUGUUACCUCUGAAGCAGGAGCGGGCCGUGGGGUUUGUCUGAAUGUCAUGGGAACACGAGACUAAAGCAAUUCUCUCAAGAAAAAAGCCUUUUUGUAAAAACGUGUAAGACUCAGAUUUGAUCAAAAUUGUUGCUUCUGUGUUUGACCAGUGCUCAUACUUACCUGUGAUCCAUAUUGGAGUGGAAGCCUUUUCACAUCCUAACACUCGGUGAUGUCACUGUGGCCACUUGAGCGUUUUGCCAUAUCGUUCACAGUUUUGGUCAGAUCUUCGUCUUAUUUCCUCUUCAUCAACACCCGAGUUUGAACAUGUGUCGCAGCCAUGGCAUCGCACGUGUGUGUGUGAAUCAUUUGUCUUUUAUAAAGACUCUCUUGCAAAAAGGCUGGCCACUAGUCUGGCAAAAAUACAAGCUGUACUCUCUGAAAUAACAAAGCAUUACAUAAAAAAAUAAAUGAAAAGGAACGUUGCACAUAUUUAUAUUUCUAAAAUAUUUCAAUAAUUUAUAUUAAAGAGCACUAUUUUUACAAAAGUCAA